AUGGGUCCUAUCUAUUUGGUAAUAUGCUUUCUUUUGUCGGAAGGAGUCAAUUCCGGGAAAUGUCUUGACAACUAUGGAUGGUACAAUCCCGAAUCGUGGGUUUAUGACACGGCUGGCUGCCUUCUGCCAGAGACACGUAAUGCACUGAUUCGAGACAAGGAUAAUGGUUAUGGCUUUUGGAAUCACCAUUGGCGUCAAGUGGCCGUGCCCGAAGAUUUGAUCUAUGCUGCUGAAAUGAGGUCAACACAGCAAAGAAACAUGCUUUCUGAUCUAGCGAGGAUCACAAUGAAAGCUGUUCACAUUCUAUUCCUCUCUACACGAAAACGACGAAUAUGGGAUGCGAUUGGGAGAAGCAAUGAAAUUCAAGGAAUCUCUGAGAAUGAUGGAGAUCAGGGAAUUCUGCUGAUGAAAUCGCUUCGGGAGAAUGUCCAACCUGAUGCAAGCCAGCAGAAGUUCCUCAGUCAAGCGAUCGAAGUG